ACCGCGACGACGACGACGACGGCCCUCCUGCUGCCCGCCAUCGCCGCCAGCUUGAGCCUUGAGCACAUGCGCGGUGCGGUUCUCGACAAAUGGCUUGCAGACGGGCACGCGCCCACAGCGCCGCGAGAACCCGCUUCUUGGCAAUCGGAUGUGCGCCCACUCGGGCUCUCUACCGUGCGCUCCGUGCUCGUCUCUUGCGACGAUUUUGCACUGCGUGCCCCGGCGGAGGCGCUCUUGUACUACAUCCCGCUUCUCAAUGGCGAGCAGAAGUGAACAGGGACACCGCGUGUUCGUGUUGUUCGUCGCGUAGGGCGCUGUCCGCGGUGAGGCCCGACCUCACCAUCCGAACGUGGGGUGCUGUGCACCGCUGCAUCACCAGCAUCGUCCCCAGCAGAAGCGCCGCCUUCGCCGCCGACGUGCACUGCCCUCGCGGCUGACGCCCUUCGAGGACUUCCCCACCCGUGCCCCGUUCCUGUGCCCGAACGAGGGAGCUGAUGAGGGCGAGGGGGGGUAGUGCUAUUCACAGCGCGUAUCCCGCCCAUCAUAGAACGUCUGGAUAGCGCGCAGCGACGGGGUGUUUGUUUUGCGCGCGGACGGCAGAGUUGGACUGCGGGCGGAUUCGUUAAGCAGCCAGGGGCAGGGGCAGAGGCAGCAAGCGAGAUCGUCGUACUUGUUACUUCGUGCUGAUUUGUGGUGCCCUGUUAGGCCGCUGCUGACGACGAUCACAAUGACGACCGCGCGCGCGCAGGGACAUCGAGAUCGUGCUUGCGCUACCGCAGCUCCUGGAGAGCGCACUCAUUGGGUCUCUGACCCUGUCGCCCUCUUCCUUCUCAUCGAAGUAGACAGCUUCAAUGUUGUUCAAUAGCGUCCCUUUGUCGGUGCCGACAGAAUAUAUCUCCGCAAGACCGUUUGCGGGUGCUAA